AUGCUAACUUUACUACCAGAACCCUUUUGCCUACCUCGCGACUACCGUACAGGCAACGACAGUGACGGCGAGGAGAAGCCCGUCGUUCCUGUCAAGACCGUUGACAAGAACACUGCUCGCACUACUAAGCGCAAUGUCGAGCCCCAAGCUCCCGUAAGGGCCGCUGGUGCCGGAGGAAACCGCCGUGGCCCCGGUGGUAACGAGGGUGCUUUCCAGGAUCGUGGUGCUGGUGCUAGACGCAACCAGGGCCGAUCCACUGAGGAGACUCCCCGUGAUGGCGCCCGAGGCGGUGCUGGUGCCCGUGUCCGUGGUGGCCGUGGUGCUAGACGCGCCCAUGAGCGAGACGACCGACACCCCUCUAAGUUCGGUGGUCACGGUGGCUCCGACAAGCAGGCUGCCCAGUCCUGGGGUGCUAACGAAGGCCAGGCUGAGCUUAAGGAUGAGCAGGCCGGCGAGGCUAUCGCUAAGGACGAGCAGAAGGACGCCGCUGCUGAGGAGGCUGCUGCCGCUGAGGCCGCCGCCGAGGAGGAGGCCGAGAAGCAAAUCUCCUACGAAGACUACCUCGCCCAGCAGGCUGAGAAGAAGGCCGCUCUUGAGUCUGGCCCCAAGGUCCGUGAGGCCAACGAGGGCAGCAAGCUCGACAAGAAGUGGGCCAACGCCAAGCCCCUCGAGAACGAGGAGGAGGAGUACUUCGCCGCUACCGGAGGCAAGGCUCAGCGCCAGCGAGAGCGCAAGGUCAAGCAGACCGUCGACUUCGACCCCCGCUUCGUCGAGCCCGAGCGCACCCGUGGUGGUGCUCGCGGAGGCCGUGGCGGCCGUGGUGGCCGUGGUGGUAACCGCGGUGGUCGCGGCGGCGCUCCUCAAGGAGCUGCUAAGGGCAACGCUGCUAUCAACACCAACGACCAGUCUGCUUUCCCCAGCCUCGGCGGCAACUAG